CAUGGCGUCGAUAAGUAAAUACUUGACAGCCAAGAACUCCUCUAUAGCAGGUGCCACAAUCGUUGCCUUGUAUCUUCUCAAGAGGAGAAGACAUGCAGCCCAAUUAAGUUGGGGGAAAAGAUCAUCAGAGCUACAGUUGAGAAGAGAUCUGAUUCUCAAGAUCUUGCACACCAAUGAGAUGCUAUUGAGCCCACACUACAACACUGUCUGAGCCAAGGACUACAUGCUCUCUGAGGCCAAGCAGGAAAAGACGGUGGUGGACAAGGUGUUUUUUGCACGUGUCCUGAAGAUUGUGAAGAUCAUGGUUCCUGGAGUGUUCUGCAAAGAGUCAGGAUACUGUCUCCUCAUCGCUGCUAUGCUGGUGGCCAGAACCUACUGUGAUGUGUGGAUGAUCCAGAAUGGGACCAUGAUCGAGAGUGCAAUCAUUGGUCGAUCAACAAAAGAUUUCAAGAGGUUCUUGUUCAACUUUAUAAAAGUUAUGCCAUUUAUCUCGCUAGUCAACAACUUCCUGAAGCUGGGCCUGAAUGAACUGAAGCUCUGCUGCCGUGUUCGACUCACCAAGCACCUCUAUGACGAGUACCUGCAAGGUUACACAUACUAUAAGAUUGGUAACCUGGACAACCGCAUCGGUAACCCUGACCAGCUGCUGACCCAGGACGUGGAGAGGUUCUGUAACAGUGUGGUGGACCUCUACUCCAACGUCAGCAAGCCUUUAUUGGACAUUGGUCUGUACAUCUUCAAGUUGACUUCAGCCAUUGGUGCACAGGGUCCUGCCUGUAUGAUAGGAUACCUGAUGUUCUCUGGGCUCAUCCUGACACGUCUGCGGAGGCCCAUCGGGAAGAUGACGGUCAUGGAGCAGAGGUACGAGGGAGAGUACCGAUUCGUCAACUCUCGCCUUAUCACCAACAGUGAAGAGAUUGCCUUCUACAAUGGAAACCUGAGGGAGAAGCAGACCAUUCACUCUACCUUCCAGAAACUGGUGGACCAUUUACACAAUUUCAUUGUCUUCCGCUUUUCAAUGGGUUUUGUGGACAGCAUCAUUGCUAAGUAUAUUGCCACUGUUGUCGGGUACCUGGUGGUGAGCAGGCCGUUCCUGAACCACACCCACCCACGCCACCUACACAGCACCCACGCUGAGCUGCUCGAGGACUAUUACCAGAGUGGGCGUAUGUUGCUGAGCAUGUCUCAGGCCCUGGGCAGGAUCGUCCUGGCUGGCAGGGAGAUGAGCAGGCUCUCAGGGUUCACCGCUCGUAUCACCGAGAUCAUGAAGGUCCUGAAAGAGCUGAACUCUGGGAAAUACGAGAGGACCAUGGUCUCUCAGCAGGGAGGCAGAGAUAGUGAAUCGCUAGAUAGAAUCACCCUGGUCCCAGGAAGUGGUGAAAUCAUCAACAAAGACAAGAUCAUCAAGUUUGAGCAUACACCUCUUGCAACGCCUAAUGGGGACAUUCUUAUCAAAGACCUCAGCUUUGAGGUGAUGUCAGGGACAAAUGUCUUGGUAUGUGGCCCCAACGGCUGUGGGAAGAGCUCACUCUUCAGAGUCCUGGGAGAGCUCUGGCCUCUGUUUGGUGGCCGUCUCACCAAACCUGAGAGAGGGAAGCUCUUCUACGUUCCCCAGAGGCCAUACAUGACCCUAGGCUCUCUGAGAGAUCAGGUGAUCUACCCAGAUACAGUGGAGGACCAGAGGAGGAAGGGGACCUCUGAUAAGGUGCUGAAGGAUUACCUGGACAACGUCCAGCUAGGUCACAUCCUGGAGCGGGAGGGAAGCUGGAACACAGUCCAGGACUGGAUGGAUGUCCUCAGUGGAGGAGAGAAACAGAGGAUGGCUAUGGCCCGUCUGUUCUACCAUAAGCCCCAGUUUGCCAUCCUGGAUGAGUGCACCAGUGCUGUGAGUGUCGAUGUGGAGGACUUCAUCUACAGCCACUGUAGGACGGUGGGCAUCACGCUGUUCACGGUUUCUCACAGGAAGUCUUUGUGGAAGCACCAUGAGUACUACCUGCACAUGGAUGGAAGGGGGAGCUAUGAGUUCAAACCCAUCACCCAGGAAACGGUGGAGUUUGGGUCAUAACGAUCUUACCAUAGCCAAGUAUUGCACACAGAGAUGGUCCUAAGUAAUUCUGCACUUCAUGAAGCAUAGAGCACAGAGGUCAAGUCCUAACAUCUUAAAAAUGUUACGCUGGAGUAUGAAGACUGAGCGCUCUCUCAAUGUCAAGAGAGAAAUACCUAAACCUGUACAUUUAAAGGUAGGGUCUACAAUAUGGCAUCAUCAUACACAGCACGGUACACUUCCUGCUUACAGAAAUAAUAAACAACAAAAUUUAUGUCUGCUGAGACCGACAGUAUUGGUUCUUCCUUAGGACAGAUUUUGAAUUCUGUUGUUUAUGCCUGGAAACAGGAAGUUGCCCCGCUGUGUAUGAAGAUGUCAUAUUGCAGUCAACCAUUUGCAGACUUGUGUGUCUGUAUGGGUGAGUUUUAAGUGUAUAUGAAGCAAAUAAUGUACUAAAAAGCUAGCCUUACUGAUUUUGUUUCCCCCGUUUUAUUUAUGUUAAUGUUGCAUUGUUUUUAAUUAUUUAUAAUGUUCAGUUUUGAUGUUAAAUGAAUUGAAAUGUCAAGAGUUCCAUGAAGUGAUGUUUUAAAUGUUUGUCUAGUGCAGUUAACACUGAAGUGCAUUCUUCUUUCAUGAAGCCAGUUACUGUAACUGUAUUUUUAAGCAUAGAUAGUCUGACUCCGUCAACUACGAUACCUGAAAAUGUAUUGUUUUUGUCUCCUAUAGUAAAAUCCUUAAGCUUAGGUUAAUGUACAGUAACUGAACUGAAAGUUGAGCUUUGAUUAUUUUGUUAAAAGGGGAUUGAGGACGUGGGAAUUUUGUUUUCAUAGGAUAGUUCAAAUGCAAUAGAUUUGAGCUGAACUACACAUGAAUAUAUAUUUCUCGAAACAA